AUGGUCACGGAUUUUUUCAGUCUCACUAUCAAAAACACCCCAUUUUUCUUGGAGAUAAGGUUUCGUGACCAUGUGCAAGAUGGGGUCGUGGUCAUCGCCGAGAUUAGUCAUGUUGUGUUCUCCUCAGUCUCCUCAUUUUGUUUUGGUUUCGGAGUCUCCUCAGUUUUUCGGAUUUACAGCCUAGCUAUCCCGUAUGCCGAUAACUCAGACGGGCCUGAGCAAAGGUUGGCGUCGGUGUGGCUUUUUGCUUGCUCUUAUCUCCAUGUGGACAGCAAAUUCACAGAGUUGCUGACUUAG